AUGGUUUCAAAGCCGCUUCCCCUCCCAUCUUUUCCACUUUUCCGCAUGCAGCGAAUGAUCAUGGACUCCUCUUCCUCCAUCAACCACCCUUACCGUCCUACUCCUCCUCCUCCUCCUCCUCCCUACCAACCUCUUCACCAACUCACUCCUCCAACCCUACAGCACUUGGAUGAGAAUAGCGCUCGGCCUCUCCCUCCCAAACCCAAGUACAAGCCGUCCCCUGGCUUCGUCCCUCAUAGCCGGGAUCCAACUUUCCAACACCACCUGGGGCCCUUCUCCUUCCCUCCCACCUCGACCAUGGCGAAGACAAAGCCCCGAAGAAAGCCGGACCUGGCGGCUGCCACCACCGCCGGGCCGAAGGCCACCACCCCACCGUGCACCGAGUGCGGCAAGCGCUUCUCUUCCUGGAAGGCCCUGUUCGGGCACAUGCGCUGCCACCCCGAGCGCCAGUGGCGCGGCAUCAAUCCCCCGCCACACCUCCGGCGUCCGCUCCCCCUCGCGAGCCCGACUCCAGAGGAACACUUCACCGAUGAGGAGUACGAGGUGGCCGCCAGCCUCAUCCUGCUCUCCCGUGGCCCUCACAGGAACAUCAGCGCGCUUUGCCGGGCGGAACCAGAGCGCGCGGACGCAAUGCAGCCUUUCUCCUUCCCGCAGCCGCAGCAGACAAGUGGCGGCGUCCUAGUAGGUUCAGAAGAUGCGUGCCGGAGUUGGAAGAGAGCAUGGGAAGCGGGUGAGGCAACGAGGUGCUAUCACAAGUGCAAAUGCGACGUUUGCUCGAGGGGCUUCGCCGCUGGCCAGGCUCUUGGGGGGCACAAGCGGCAUCACUGGGAGAGAGAUGAGGACAUUGUUGUGGGCUGUUCAUCUUCUGGGAACUACGAUUUGGACCUCAACUUGCCCCCCCCUUCGCUAGAGAACAACGAAGCCAACCCAAGCACUGUUUUGGACUUAAGGUUGGGCAUUUGA